AUGAAAAUAUCAAGUGACAAGUAUUUGUUUUAUGACCAAAACUCCUUUGGAGCAGCAAGUCAAGAAUUCCACCAUGAUCGUAAUUAUCAAGAAACUGUUGAUGAUAUCUUUUCGAAUCGCGCUCUGCUUUCAGUAUGUUUCAGUCGUUGUAUAUUUGUUUUUAUUGAUAUAAAAUGUUCGAUAGAAAAUUCAUCAAUUAAUUACAAUCUAAUACUUUGGGAUUACAUGUUUAUCAAGGUUAUCACAAAAGAGACCACAAAAUUAAUACUUCUAUAUUGUUUUGCAUUUGUUCGCUUUGAUGCUGCUUCAGAAAACGAUUUUCGUUUCGCUUGA